CGGUGUGCUCAGUUUGCUCGUGACCGUGGCCGCAGUAGUCCGCGCUCCCAAACCGAUUCAGUCUGCUCCCGCCGAAAUCACUUUCGAUAUUUUGAAAAAGUAGCCGCCAAGCAGCAAACUGUUGCACGUGUUGCACUGCGUUUCCCGGUUCAAUUGCAUUCUGGCUAGGAGCUACCACUUGGAGUGGAAAAAUAAACCGAAACUUCAAAAAUGAGCUGCGCAACGGGCACUAUAAAGUACUCGCUGUUCCUUUUCAAUGCCUUAUGGGCGAUUCUUGGAGUGCUGGUGCUUAUCUUUGCCGGGCUCGGAUGGGGAGCGAUGCCAGAAGCGUACGCCAUCGGCCUUGUGGUCCUGGGCGGCAUUAUCCUGCUGAUAUCCAUGUUCGGCUGCUGCGGAGCUAUUCGUGAAUCGCCGCGCAUGCUGUGGACGUACGUGACGCUGCUGCUGAUCUUGCUGGUGCUCAUAGUCACCUUCAUCAUCCUGAGUCCUCGAGAUGUGUUCAAGAAGUACGCCCUGAAAAUGGUAGAGGACCAUUGGGAGCUGGAGCAGACCAAGCCCGGCAGCAUGGACAACAUUCAGAGGACGUUCUCCUGCUGUGGUCGAGAUAGUGCCCAGGACUACCUGAACAGUCAAUUCUGGAACAACACAGUGCCCAGCAGUUGUUGCAAGGACAACAGCUGUGUGAAUCCCCUGAAUCUGAAUCAAAUCGGCUGCCUCAACAGAGUGGAGGAAGCCUAUGCGGAUGAGGCGACUACUUCCAGCUACUUGGAGUGGGGUCUGCUCGGAUUCGAUGCUGUCAUUCUUCUGCUGGCCGUCAUCUUGGCCAUUCACUAUUCGAAUCGGCAGAGACGCUACAACUAUUAGGGUCUACUGACCGAAUUAGAAAACAAUCUCCUCAAUUCCCAUGUUAGGCGUCACCAAUGUACCUUGUUUAGAUCCACCAAAAUCACCAACGUAAACACAAGUAUGAUACGUGAGUGCGCAGUUCGCUUGCCAUGCAACCGAAGAUGCCUUAAAGCUUGAUUUUAUGCUUAUGUUGAAGUUGCACGUGCACUGGGAAAUUAAUUUAAUUUGUAUGCAGUCGAAUCUACUUGGUAUUGUAAAACAAUAAAAAAACAAAUAAUAACGAAUAACAUAUUUAA